CACUUAGAGUGCCCUCCAGAUUUCCAGCAUCGAGAAAUCACACUGGCGACGUCGUGGACCACGGUGGAAUGUCAUCCAUUAAGAGGACUCACAGUUUCUUCCUGGGUUACAGCACAUCCUGUUACACUCGAGCCUCAAGUAACGGGCUUUUCAACGAGGGAAAAUGUUACGCAUUGUACACUUGCAUCAGAUGCACGGCAGUGACCAGUCCAAGUCACCGACUUGGAGUCGGAAGUCAUUCAGAGGUUCAAGUCGGUGAAGGGAGUACACAAGGGUAUCGGAUUCCAACACACUGGCUCGAUCAAAAAUUAAUGAUUGAAUAAGAUAUGCGGUCACUGUGAGUUGUGAUAUUGAUAAGUUUGGCCGUGAACAGUCACGUGGUUAUGAAACACGAUCACAUGACAUGUGUUUUGAACGGAGGCAAUGAUGGCGACUUGGUUUUAUCAAAUGCCUUGAAGAUGUCAACGACCACCCAAAUCCUCUUCAACAGCCCGGCUCUAAAUUCCCUCAAACGCGACCAACUUGUAAAAUUAUGCAAGAUUCAUAGCCUCAAAGCUAAUGGCAAGAACAAGGAUAUUAUUGAGCGCCUCCAGCUUCACGCACAAACACUACCGCCUGAUGAUCCUUUGAGCAUCGCGACAAGGGGCGACACGAGUGAAGAUGAAGAAGAUGAUAUAGAGCAGGAAAUGAAGAGCAUAGAAUCUAUGAUGGCCCGCCCGAGUGAGCAAUGGGAGAUUGUCAUGGACAGCAUCGCAGAAGUUGAUGAAGAUGCUGUGAGCACACUCAAAAACAACCGGGCGGGUAAUGCCACACAAGCAGGAGAGUUUGGAACGAACGGAGGCAAAGCAAGUGUGAGCUCCUCCCUCAAAGCCAUAGCCACAUCCCUUGGACUAAAACGCGGGAAUGUAUCUGCUGGAACAACCGCAACUACAUCAUCCAAAUCUUCUCUCAAUUCCACGCAAAGUGGCCAAUCGCAGAGCACAGCUCCAACUGAGCCAGAGCCCGAAGUUGAGCCCGUCCCAGGACAGAACGCGCUUGCAGGUCUCCCAGCACCAGCCAAUGCCCGUCUUAGUAUAUCUCAGGAGCCUGCAACGACUACAAUUCGUCUAGUCGCCUCCAACGCACCCAGAAACUCAUUGUUUUCCCCGCCAAGGCUAGAUGCGUUCAAGACAUCGUUUGAUCUUGCGCCCCCUACACCCGGGGGGGUGGAAGGUGGCGGUAUAUGGCCACUCUCGCCCGGGGGUGCCCAAUGCGAGCGCUUAUACCCAGCCAUUCCAACAUUUUCUGCCUUUCAGCCCACAGAUACUUCCGACAUGGACAUCGACGUCGAUUUUCCCGGUUCUCUCCAGUCCACCACACCGGCGCGUACGAAGUUCAAUACAGGCGCCACUCCAAAAUCCGGUCAAAAGCCCUCUGACAUCCCCAAAGACUUAUUUUCACCAGCACCCAGGCUGACCCGUGCUCGGGAGCACAUGGCUUCAUUCCGCCCACAGCGUUCCCCCGAAAAGCCAAGUGGCGAGCUGGGCAUACCCCGCUCCGAGCCUUUCAUCUUCGGUUCUCCUAAUCCUCAGCAUCGUCUUUCAAACGCGCAAUUCCGAAGUGCGGCACAAAGCGUGCUGGACGAAAUGAACUCUCGCCUUGAAGCUGAGGGCGUCGCAGGCGUAGACAUCGACGUUUUAAAACGCCGGCAACAGUCCAUACCAGGACGGGACGACCCGCAGCAGGAGAAGAAAGCUAGUACGAGCACGCUAUUCGACAAGGCGCACCAAGCACAGUUCGACAAGAUGGACAGCAUCACGAACCACUAUGCUGCGCGACGCGGGCUGCCACCUAACGCAGAAGCUGUACCUGUCUUGGGCAAGCGAAAGAGUGUCGCCCCUGUCCCUAUCGCUGGGAAGAAACGUCAAUCGAGCAUUGUGGUGAAGAAGGAUCGCGUUCCAUCCACUUCAAGUGUGAGGUUGCGCCCAGUUUCGAAGAAAGUCGUCCCAGGAGGGUUUGGCGAUAAUGAUGACGAUGAUGACGGCGAAGAGGAGGAUGACUGGGAGGAUGAUAGGCGGAAGUCUAAACGUAUUCGUAUCGAUCCUGCUGAGGAUGCAGAGAGGGAAAGGGAAGAUGCGAAGAAGCUCAAGGAACGUGAAGCUAUUCGUCGGAAGCUGGAUGCCAACAAAGCCAAGCGGCGCAGUAGCAUGGGUAGGCCAAGUAUAGGCAAGGGUGUCGCCCAUCAACCUAAGCAAACCUCACGCUUCGGUUUCCUCUCCUCUGCAAAGAAUCUCGUCACAAAUGUCUGGAAUCGUGGGGCAGCUGGGUCUAAGUCAAAUGUCCCCGCCGCCAAGCCCGCACCCGCACCCCCGACCAAAACGGUGGCUCCGUCUAUUUCCUCCAAACCAACCAAGGACCCUCCGAAAGCACAAUCGACGACCAAGAAAACCUCGAUCAUCCCUGGCUCAUCCGGCGCGCCACCCACCCUCAAAGAGCGUGUGCUAUCGGUCAGCAACGGCAAACGCGUACCCUCCGGAAGCUCGCUUGCACCAGUAGCUGAUUCGACGUCAUCGCGCACAUCGAAGUCGCCGAUUCCUCUGCUCCCCGCUCCUGGGACGUCAAGUAGGAUGUCCCAUAGUAGAACUAACUCCGCUACCGGCGUUUCGUCACUCGGUGUUGCUUCGCGAACAAGUAACACAGGACAUGUAUCUUCCAUGGGCACGAAAACUUCCCUCGUUGGCACGUUGAAAGGUACAAUCGGUGGUACGGCUCGAGCGCGCAACUCUACGCUCAUGGCGCCAACCGCAUCAUCACUAGCCAAGACCAGCAGAAUGCCCGUGCCGUCGUUUUCCCCACUCCAGGUGAAGGACAAGGCAAAGGAGAAAGGAAAGGAACAAGAUACAGCGGAACAGGUUGUGAAUUCUCCGACGAUCCCCCGAACCCAGAGCAAGAUCUUCAGUCAGCCUUUGACACUCGUGAGCCCCACGUCGAAGCCUUCGGAGCCACAGAUGUCCCUUGCAGCAGUCGCUGCAACGCUCGUCACUGUGAAGCCUCCGAUUCCUCCGAAACCGAAGGUUAUGCUCGGACGGCGGCCACGCAUAUCAAGGGGGAAGGUGAUCGCAAAGCUGGCUUCCCAGCGCGAGGCUCAGCAGGCAGGCGCGAGCGCUAUCCCAAAGCCACAAGUGGGUACAUCGAGCUCCCGUGCGAGUGCCAGCGUGCCGAAGGUACGGUCUAGCAUGGGUGCGAACGUCGGGAGGGGACGGCAGUCUCAUAGUGUUGCCAGAGCGGGUGGGGAUGUGCUGAUGAGCGCGAAGAAGCGUACGAGGAGGAGUGAGUAUGCAAGGAGGCGGAGUCGUGUGGAUGGGGAGAAGAUGGACUUGAAUGGGUGAGCUGCGAGGUGUUUUUUGUGUUUCGUUUUGUUUUGGCUGUUUCUUGUUGUAUCCAUUUGAUGAAAGUCUUCUGAGCUAUCCAGUAUCUGAUCUUGUGUAUUAUACCUAAUCACGCAGGAACAUGAUUUUAUAUAUUGGCUUAAGCUGAUGUGGUGCUUGGGUCCUAUCUAACCCUGAAU